CGUCAGAAGUGUAUUUAAAAAAAUUCAAGCAAUUGUUUUUUAAGCAUUUAAAUAGUGUUUCGUGAUAGAAAAGUGCAUUGUUUUGUGUUGCAUAGUAAUCAACAAAUUUUAAGUUCAUGACGAACGAGAUUAUCAUAGCAGAGAAAGAUCUCUAUCCCAAUCAUCAGAUUCCUGAUGAUUUCCAUCCACCCUACCGGAAGCAAUGCAUAGAUCCGGGGCCCCUUCUGAAGCGCCAGCUCCGCAACUGCUGGUCCCGCGAGAAUGCGAUCCGUAGAUUCCCGUUUCUACGGUGGAGCUCCCAGUAUAGCUACAAUCAGCUGGUCUCGGAUGCAAUCGCUGGCAUUACCGUUGGUUUGACGUCGAUUCCACAGAGCAUUGCCUACGCGGUUGUGGCCAACCUAGAGCCACAGUAUGGGCUCUACUCGAGCUUUGUAGGACCAUUCGUGUACGUCAUUUUCGGUAGCGUCAAAGAAAUCGCAAUCACUCCGACGGCUAUCACGGCACUGAUGGUCCAGCAAAAGGUGCUGGAGUUGGGACCUGCCGGAGCCAUCCUGUCAAGUUUCCUCUCCGGAUGCAUUAUGCUGCUACUGGGCAUGCUGAAUUUUGGCUUCGUGGUGCAGUUCAUAUCAAUGCCGGUCACAACCGGUUUUAUUACGGCUGCCGCCAUUACCAUUAUCACAAGUCAGGUCAAAUCGCUGCUGGGUAUUUCCAGCUCAGGAAAGUCGAGUGGUUUUAUUGAUUCGUGGAGUAACAUUUUUGAGAAUGCAGGACAAGCGAGACUGUGGGAUUCGUUGCUCGGAUUUGGCUCGCUCGUGAUUCUCGUCUGCCUGACGCUUAUAAAAGACCGCGGAUCAGGACGUUGGAGAAUGUUUAACAAGUACCUAUGUCUUCUACGGAACGCACUGGUAGUGAUCAGUGGAGGAACAUUAGCCUAUAUUUUAGCAAACCGCGAUCAUCAUCCUUUUCGAUUAACUGGUCCGAUCAUUCCCGGGCUUCCUUCAUUGCAAGUUCCUCCCUUCUCUACCGAGUUCAACGGAGAAUUCUACGAUUUUUCCCAAAUGAUGCGGCUGCUAGGUUCUUCUGUCAUUACUAUACCCUUAAUUUCAAUUUUGGAGAUUGUUUCGAUAGGAAAAGCAUUCUCUAAAGGAAAACCGAUUGAUGCUACACAGGAAAUGAUUGCACUUGGUUUAUGUAAUGUUGCCGGUUCGUUUACAUCGUCCUUCCCAACGACGGCUUCAUUUGCACGAACUGCCAUAAACAGCAGCAGUGGUGUUCAGACUCCAUUCGGCGGCGUGUUUACCGGAAUGCUGGUACUUCUGGCGCUGGGCCUUCUAACCGAGUAUUUUUACUAUAUCCCGAAGGCCACACUGGCAGCGGUAAUCAUCGCUGCAAUGGUAUUUAUGAUCGAGUACCGUGCGGUGGCUGAGAUGUGGCGCAUCAAACGGCUCGAUAUCAUACCCUUUCUGGUGACGGUUGUGGUAAGUUUGAUCUUCGGUGUGGAGAUUGGCAUUGUCGUUGGGAUCACUGUAAAUCUGUGCUUUCUCCUAUAUCUAAUAUCUCGACCAAGAGUCGAUCAUCAUGUAGUGAAGACAAAUACAACGACAGCUCUGAUUUUAAGACCCACGAACGAUCUGGCUUAUUCGUCGGCCGAAUACCUUCGAGGGAAGAUCAUCAAAAUGGCUACCAAGCACGAAGCCAACCUGGUCGUGAUCAACGGGGAGCUAAUUAAGUCCAUUGACUCUACGGUAGUGAAAAACCUUUCGAGCACGGUCACGGAUUUGAAACUGCAAGGUCGACACGUUCUGCUGUGGCAAUGGAAUCGUGAGGUACAGUAUUCACUGUAUAUGUACCGUAAGGAGCAGUUCAUGCCACUUUUUAAAUCCGAUGAAAACGAAGAGAGACUGAUAAACAGUUGGCUUAAUGAUAGGAUGUACAUAAAUAAGCACCCAAAAGUGUACAACACAGAUCCGCUGUGCCAGCACAGUAGAAAACAAAACCAGUUGUCACCGUUCCAAUCUGCAUCAAACUAUUCUAUUGGAUUUGCUCCUAAGUAG